AUGGCUGCUGUUUACUCCUUUCAGGAGGGCAGCGUGCAAAUAUGCGUUGAAAAUCUUUCACCGGAACACUGCACUGAUCCGGUACCCGAGUGUAGAGCAGAAUCAAACAGCGGGGAUAAGGUAUUAACUAAAGAGAAUGGUGAUGAGGGAGAGGGUUCGAGCAGCAGUGCUUGUGCACCAGAGGCCCGGGAGCAUGCGCAGGCGGCUGCAGUAUGCUCUUUAUUAUCACCGAUUCAAAUCAAAGAAGAGCCGAUUGAGGAGAAUGAAUAUGUGACUGUGCAUGUGGAUAAAGGCGAGGAGGAGGAUUCAGGAGAGACCGACAGGAGCUCGGAUGUAAGCGGCAGAGAUGACAGCACUGAUGGUAACUGGCCAUUUCCUCAUGAAGAAAGCAAAAAGGCCAUUAAGAAUAAAAAGUGUUAUGUGGAUCAUCGUCAGAAAAACACUCAUGAUGGCCCCAUUGUCUGUCUGGACACAGAUUCGCAGUGGGAUAAUCUGCUCGUCUCUACAGAUGGAGAUCGCAAAAUGUUUUGCUGUGCAAUAUGUGGUCGUGAAUUUUCCAGCUCGAGAGGGUUUUCUAACCACCAGCUUAAGCAUCGCAAUGAAGGCAAUAAUCAGAAGCGGGUUGUAGAUUCUGGUGAGAGCCCUGCAAAGCAGAAGAUUUUUGAGUGCAGUGACUGUGGUAAGACAUAUGGAUGGAUUGGCCAUUUGCUUAACCAUCAGCGUUCACACAAGCAAGCUUCAAAGUCUGUUUUUCAUGAUCUGGCCGAUUUAAAGAAAAAGUCUUUUCAGUGCCCCACCUGUGGUCGAUGUUACUCUCGUGCCUCCGCGCUCGAUGCCCAUCGGCAUUGCCAUGAGGUAAAGCUUGUUAAGUCAAAAAACAGUAAAGCUGACAAACCUUCCACAGUUGAUGUUACCGUUAAAAUUGAAGACACAGCUGUCCCACUUUCUGAACAAGCAGAGGAGCCCCAGAAAAAGCCAUUUGAGUGCAUGUGUGGCAAAUUUUUCCGUACCAUGGGUGGCGUUGCUUCACACCAAAGAUUCUGUUCAGCCAACCCGGCCAACAUGCAACCCAAGCCUUUGUUCGAUUGCACAGAAUGUGGGAAGAGAUUUGACAGCGCUCAUGCUCUAGCAUGUCAUGACCGAUGGCAUAAAAGGAAUGGAAAGGAGUUUAAAUGUAAGCAUUGUGGGAAAUGUUUCACCUCCCAAACAUCAUGCAGUAAGCACCAGAAAUCAGCUCACAGUCAAGAGAUACCUGCCAAGAGUUUUCUCCACCAAGUCCAUCAGCUCCAAAAGAAGUCCUUUGAAUGUCAGGAAUGUGGCUGUCGGUUUUCACGGGCCUCUGCUUUGCAAUCACAUCGGCUCUGUCAUAUUGAUGUUUUUAAGGAGAUUUUGCAUGGCGGCUCCAAAGCAGCCUCCACCGGCCAAUCAGUCAGGUCAGAUCAGUGGGACCAGGACAGUUCUUCCGAUAGUAGUGCUUCAUCGGAUUCUAGAAGCACCGUGAGAAGGUAUCGUUCGAGGAAAAAGUUUUCCUGUGAUACAGCAGGCACAAAACCUAAAUUCGUCAUUGAAGCAGCAUCUGAGAGGAAUCAAAAUGCUGAACUUGAAUUGGAGUGUGAAUCAGACCAAGCAGAAAAAGACUUGAGCCAAGAUGCCAGGUCGUCUCAGCCAGCACACUCGGACUUGGAUGUAAGAAUUGUAGAGAUAGACUACAAUGGGUUAAAGGAAGGAAUGGUGGAAACAGAAAUGGACCAGAGUCAUCCUCAAAACUCCAUAAAACAUGUGUGCCCAGUUUGUAAACGCACAUUCGCUAAGGAAGUUUCCCUGCGCUGUCACAUGCUGUGGCAUAAAGGAACAUUUGGAAAGAGAACUGGUUUCGGGAGAAAAGUUCGCAUUCUGAAUCCCAGCAGAAAGGUUACACUGACCUGUAAGAUUUGUGGGCAUGAAAGCUUUAGCAAGAGCGAUUAUUAUUUCCAUCUUGGAAAACAUGAAGACCGUAAACCUUACAAGUCCAUCACGUAUCAGCUUGAAAAUCUGCAGAAGAACAGCUUCCAAUGUGAAGAAUGUGGAAUGCAAUUCUCUCGUCUCUCUGCUCUGCGUUCUCACCAGCAGCUUCACAAUGUGAAAAAACCCUACGAAUGCCUGCAGUGUGACAAAAGCUAUUCAAACCCCACUACUCUUCAAAACCAUCAGAGAUUUUGCACAGGCAAGAAAUACGGUUCUGGAGAAGAUAAAAAGAUGGAGCAUUUUGAUCCAAGUAAAACACUUUUAGGCCCCAAAGUUCAUCACUGUAAAAAAUGCGGGAAAGGAUUCUGGUCUGUAGGAGCCUUUAUUCAUCAUAAACAGUAUCACCCACAGUGUGCAGACGCUACUUCAAAGAGUUCUACACAAUCUGAAAAUGGACCAGUGAAACACAAGUCCAAAGCUCGGAAGAAAGGAAUGCCGCGCACACGCAGAGGCCAUUACAACAUCUCUUCAAGAACGUUGUAUAAAUGCGAGGUUUGUGAUAAAUCGUACCGAGUUGUAGCCUGCCUUCUUAAACAUCAGCUUAGUCACAAAGCUACAGCUCCCGCAAAGUCCUUCAACAAUCAGCUAGAAGAUUUAAAAACGAAUUCAUAUAGUUGUCCUCACUGUGGCAAACUUUUUUCUCGUGCAAUGGCACUUCAGUUCCAUAUGAAAAGCCACGGCUAUGAAACCGGCCUCGCAAAACAGAAGUCUGCUCGUGGACCUCAGUGCCAGGCCUGUCUAGUUAUAUUCACUUCUGAGUCGGCAUUACAGAUUCAUCAGAAGCACUGCCCGAAACUAGAGAAGAAUACCACAGAACGGCCGCUCAUGAGGACUCACGAGGAUCAUGACGCACCCCAAGGAAAUACAGAUGUUGAAAUGCGGCCGAUUAAGUCUGUCUAUGAUGUUUCGUCUGAUUUAAGUGGCAAAAGCUUUUCGGCUGUUGAACCCCUUAAUUCCCACCAAGCGACCAACUCCAAAGACGCACAACCUGAAGUGGUAGGUGAACCUGUCACAGAACUCAAAGACAAACCAGGUGACGGUCAGUUUUACUGUCCAGAAUGUGGCAGGAAGUUUACCACAAAUUCAGCUCUCGGUACACACAGGCGAUGGCACAAGGACAAAAAAUUGGCCAGAUUUCUAUUAAAAAGCAGUAGAAUUUUUAAGAAGAGCGUAGAAGACAAUGGACCUUUUUUAUGUAACUUAUGCGGAAAGGGAUUCUUCUAUCUAUGUGUUCUCCGCAGACACCAGAAAAAUCAUCCACCCCUUGAGAACAAGCCUGAUGCAGAACCUACAACAAAAACAAUCGAAGUUAAGAGUAUUUCACCAAAGGAUAAAUUAAUCUGUUCAGCCUGCGACAAGUCUUUCUCUAGCGCUUCACUUCUGGGGUCCCAUUUUUCCCUUUAUCAUUCCGAGCCAUCGGAAAUUGCUGGCGCUACAGAACAGGAGUCUCCUCUUAGUAGAAGAGUGGCUGAUCAGCUUACUGAACCCACAAGUCCAAACACAGUUGAGACCGAAACAGCUGGCAGAGACGAGCCCAAUGUAAAGAACGUCCUAAAUUCUAAUGAACUUCAUUUAAACAAAUUGGAGAUGCACAAGAGAGGCAGAGGAAGGCCACCAGCAAGUGCAAAUGGUGGCCUAAAACCCUUUCCUUGCUCGGCAUGUGACAAGCGCUAUAACUCUCUCGCAUCCCUUCAGCACCAUAGACGCUCAUGCCCUGCAAAUAAUAAGGCUCAAAAACCACAAACGGUGGAGGAGCUUCCAUCCCCUACAAAGUGCAUCUUUAAAUGUGAUCGCUGUGGCAAAGCAUUUUCAAGUGAAGAGCAACUUGAUGCCCAUAAGGAGGCGGCAAAGAAUCGUCCGCACUCUUGUUCACUCUGCUGCCGUAGCUACUGGACCGAAGCUCAGCUACGGCAGCAUCUCGUUUGGCACGACGAAGUACGGCGGCGUCUCCCGAAUGAACUUCGUUACCGCGCAAGCUUGGUGCCGCAAGCGAAAGCACCAUUAGCCACAGACAAUAAACUAAAAUGCCAGCAGUGCGGCAAAAUGUGUUUGUCUGCACAGGCGCUUGAGGAGCACCAGACCUUGCAUAAAAGUGACAAAUCUUACGGUUGCUCUCUUUGUCCGAAGACUUUUGUUGAGAUCAAAGAUCUCAUCGAUCACCACCAGAAGUGUUUGGGCGAUAAACAGUUAGAAGUCGCUCCUGUGCCUGCUUCUUCUGCAGACACAGAGGAUCUGGCUUGUAUCGAGUGUGGUGUCUCUUUCAGUCAGGAAUCAGACUUGCAUCAGCAUUACAUCGAUCAUGCACGGGGAGUGUUGUAA